CCACCACUUAGGCACCAGUAUACGUUCUCUACACAGAUCGUCGGCCUAGGCGCCAUUGAAUUGGAGAAGAGAACAUAGGGACGAUACCCACCAUAUCCUUCAUCCUGUCUAUCUGUCGUUCCCUCUGACACUUCUUCAGGCAUCCCCACACUCAUGACACUCAAGGCUCAUGGCACCAGAUUACCCAAACUGGGUGUCCACGGGGAAUCUGAAUGGCGAAGCUCCCCCUCCCCACGUGACCUGCGAGGGGCAUCCUACUCUCACCUGCAGGACCGCCAGCGCCACCCAAACGGACAACGAGUGGUGCUGCUGCCGUUAUUACCCAAGGGCGAGGAGCACCCAAUGCCUUACUAUGAGACUCAGGAUGUGCUGCUCCCCGCGGUGGUGGCCAGCAACACCAAUUUCAAGUCACAGGCAAUGGCGUUCAGCCAUGACACGAGGCUGCAGCAUCAGUUCGUGGAGGAGAUACUGGACGACGCCCUGGCGGAGGAGGUGGUGGCUACGGCCUCGGUGGUCCUUGAGGAGAGCAAGUACAAGGAAGGCUAUGACAAGCACGCCGCCACGCUCGCGGAGGAGGAGUUCAUCAUGCCUGAGGUGCAGAGGCAAGUGUAUCUGAGUGUGUGGGACCUCCUGUAUGACCUGGGCCGCUCGCUUUCUAAAGACAAGUUUCUCGAGAUGAAGAAGAGGGAGAAGCAGCUGUACCUUCACCCCGUCGCUAAACAGGCCCUGGCGACUCACGUGCUGGAGGGAGAAAACUGGGCCGAGAACAUGACAGAAGAGAAAAUCCUGUCAGAGCUCCCUUGGGAUGUCCUUGUAUACAAUUACCACAAAAACCUGCAGGAGAACGCCCUCAUUAAGAACCCCACCUUGCAGAAGUACCUGGAGAGAGUGGUGGUGCCGGUAGCAGUGGACGAAAUACUGGAGGUCGUGCUGCUCGAUGCUCUAGAGGACGACAUGAGGCAGGUGGACCAGAUGCAGAAAUUAGCUUUGCCUCCCCACCAGCUGUAGUCGCCACGCCACACUUGAGUGCUCCGGGGCAGGUGAGGACAAGCAGGAAAGGCGAUGAGAGAGCGUGGGUGUAUAGAACAUGAAGGAGGUUGGCAUAUAUGAAACUGAAGAAAACGUAAAGAUGCAUUCAGGUGUAAACAAGCAGAUAAAAUACCAGAAGUAAGUAGGGGGUAUAAAAGAGCGUCAAGGAUGUUAGAAUACAGGAAAUUUUAAGUAGAUUUCUAGUAUAAUGCAUUUUUUUUUUAUAAAGUGCAUGUAAUCUUUGGGCGUUAAGGUUGCAGGGAUAUGAGUGACCAACUAUAACAAACGGAUAAAAAAAGGCGAAAGAAAAGGUGAAAGAAAGUGUGGGCAAACAAGAGCUUCGUGGAGAUUGGAAUACAAGAAAUCUAGGAGUACGAGUAUAUAGUGCAGGAUUUUGAAUUUAAUGCCUGUAAUAUCAUGGUUUAGGCAAUUCUCUUUUACGGGAGUGAAAUUCUAAAUGCUUUAGAACAAUCAAUAUUUGAGAUUUUAAUGAUUGGAUAAUGUAUCGCUAAAGGAGGGUACCAAACUGACCGCAGAACGCUGGCCAUGGUUUUUGAUGUAAAACCAGCAGGAACUUUAUCACACACAAGCUGCCCGAGUUCUUGCUAUGUUUGGCAAACGGCCCAGCCUGAUCAAAACAAAUCAGAACGAAACGAUACCGCUUAUACCUC